CGCGGUCUGAUACUCCGCACGAGUCACCACGCAUCCGGGCGCCUGUGCCACAUCUGUUGCCAAGAAAAAGCAGCGUUUCGCGCGAGCGGAAAAAUCACGCCACGAGAACGAAGAAAUUCGUCAAGCUGGCGCCGUUCAAGCUCCGUUUUUCGAAGAUGCUGAAAUCGCGCAGUUCCGGCGAUAGUCGCAGCAACAGCGUGGAAUCCGAGGAACAGCAACGGCAAAUUAAUCAGUCGUUGCCGUCGGGUACAGACGAGUUUGCGGAUGCACCCCAGGUGGAAACGGACAAGAAUUGUUUGUCGGUUAAAAAUGAGCAGGCGAUCCCCAGCUCGCCUCCGCCCUCGUACGAGCACGUUCUCGAAGAGACACGAAUGGAGUCAUCGGCCAUCGCACUACGAGAAGCAAAGGAGGGAGACAAGGAGAAGCAGGUUUCCAGUAACGAAAAGAACACGGCGGUCGCCGAAGCCGGUGAUGGGGGUGACGACGGCAGUGGUGGUCCCGGGGGUGGGGACAGGAAAGCAGCCAAGGGACCGAAGAUACUUCAUAAAUCGAGCAAAGAGUUUUACAAGGCGAUGGCGAAGCAGUGGGGCAUAACUUGCAAAAUGAGCGAUCACUGUAGAUGUUUGGAUUGCCAGAGCCAUUAUUUCGACUGCGAGGACGAGCAAGAGAAGGGCGCCUGUGAAGGGAGCGACGGUGGCCUCAGCGCCGGCACGCCGAUGUUCAUCUCCGAGGUGAUGCACGGCACCGCCUGCGCCCUCCUGUAAACCGCCGCGUUCUUCCGGUUUCGCUUCUUCCCUCGACGGGGGAAAAGAUGUCUACCUGAUUACCACACGCACAAAACGGGAAUCGGCGCCUAAAGAACGACGGGGGGGGGGGGGAGCUUCACGCAUUUAUAUUCUGUACAAGAAUACGCAAUGUCGGUGAGAGAGGCAUCUGCGCAUAUCUCAACGUAAGAGAAAGAAUGAAGCUACUACUCACGCGCGCGAUGAAAUAUAAGGGCCUCAUACGUUUUCGGCGUACAAAGGUGCGAAAUAAAUUAUUUUGAGAUUAGACUACUAAAACUGUGCACACCGCAGAGGGAGAGGGAGAGAGAGAGAGAGAGAGAGCACAUCUAAAGACAACCAGAAUAUAAUUGCGCUGCUCUUAUGCGAAGAGGAAAUACAAGAGACAGAUUCUUGAUUUUUCUUUGUAUAGGAGUUGUCCAUUUAUCGGACAUAAAGUAAGGUAGAAAGAGAUACAUUUGAACGAUACAACAAUUUAGAACAAUUUGAAUAUCACGUGUAACUCCAAUAAAAGAUUUUCAGCAUCUUUUUACGCUUUUGAAUAAACUCUUUUAAGAACCUAAAGAACACUGAAAAUUUUCCGUAUAUUCAAAUUGUAUAAAUAUGGCCUAACAUUCAAAUGUAUCCUCGUUUCUCUUACAGACUUAUUUUCUCAGCAUUCGAUGUAAUAUGUGUCGUACUACAUUGCAAAGAGCCGUGUUGACUGGCGCAAUAUUUGCAAAGUCAUUUUGCAACAACUUUGCGACGCGAGUCGAUUAUCCUUAUCGUGACCGGCGCUUAAAAGACUAAAUAACGUAGAGAAUCGUUGAACGUGCGCUUUAUUACUGUCAAUUGCAUUGCACUCGUUCCAAUUGGAAUUUUACGAUAGAGUGACAGAGUUACAUGAAGAAACGGAUAAAAUGCCUGAUUUUGAUUAUUCAACUUUCAUUUUCAACCUCAUUUAUUCGAAACACAAAUUGAUUACAAGAUUUUCUCAUUAAUUUUUACAAUAUAUUAAUAUUUCUCUUUUGAAUUUAAAAUAUGAAGAAAUAGAAUGAUAUUUAAAUUCUUAGCUUCAUUUAUCUACUGGCAUUUGCUUUAACAUAUUAUAUGAAGAAAGAGAAAAUCCAUACCAGAGUAUGAAAAAUCUAAUAAAAUCCGCGUAUAUGCGCGCAGAGAAUCAGUGUUAUUCCAUUAUUCACAUUAUUGGAUGGGACGCGGGCUUUACAUACUCUUCCGUAAAAAUUCGAACAACAAAGAUCGUCUUGAAAUCCUUGAAAGCCGAUCCACGUAUUCAAAAUACAUCCGUAUUUGCGAGAAUCCAUUAUCCUCGUUGCGUCCAACAUAACAGUAAUUACAUUUACAAUUGUGAAUGAGUAUGAAUUAUUUCAUGUGAACGUUAAACUUGCAUCGAAGAUGACAGGAAAACCGAAACCGUAUACAAUUUGUAACAAUCGGCCUAUUUCCAAUCAGCCGUUUUCCAACGUGAAAUUACUUGUCCAUUGCAGCGAUGGAUCUUUCGAGCUUAUACAUUUUGAACUUUGUAAUUUCAUUGCAAGGUAUUUUUGGUAUUAUGUACUAGUGCGUCGUACAUAUCAAGAUUCUAACUUGUACUAUGCGAAUGCGCCGACUAGUCGUCAAAUUUAGAUCAUUAUCAGAUAGAACAAGACUCUUUUUCGUAUUAUUUACGCGUGUAAAAAGAAAAUAAUGAAUAAGUACUCGCGCGCAAAAAGGACUCCAAUCCUUCGUAAAGUUCUUCUAAAAGGAACGAGUGUCGAGAAGCGCAAAGGUCCCCCAGUUUUCUAUCGGGGAGAAGAGUAGAUAUAAAUAACUAACGAUGUUAAGAGUAGUGAUUUUCCGUGAAGAUACGUUCGAAGAAAUCGAAACUCAUGAAACACAUGAAAGUAUUUUAGAUGAGAUCGUCGAAACCCGCCAACACGGCGACGUUCUAAUCACGGGCCCUUGGAGGGCUUUGGUAGUGAAAACAGCGAACCAGAGAGAAGAAUUCCAGCGAAACAUAAUACAGUACCUGCCUACACUUGUUUUUACGAGAAUCAUUUCUUUUAUAUCUCGCAGCGCGGAAAGGAGACAACUGUAAGCAGACUACACGAUGUAUUGCCGUACUUCCUUUUAUACAGAAUGUCCCCGAAAAUACUUAUACUUCGACCGCAAUUUCCUCUAAGAUAUUCAAGCGUAAAAUCAUGAGAAGUCUUCUAAGGAGAUCCCGUUAUCUUUUCGAGAUUAAAAAAAUAAAUAAAUAAAUCGCUUGUAUUUAAAUUUUUAGUUCUAUUAUCUAGCAAUGUUGUACAUAUUGUGAUUGUUUAUUCUUUACAGUUGAUUUGAAAAAAAAUUAAUUAGUUGUGAAGGAAAUUACGAAAUGUUGGGAUAUCUAAAAAGACCCCACAAAAGUAUUUAAAAAAUUAAUAAUAUGUUAUCCCAUUUCUUUUUAAUUUUUAAUAUUUUUUAUUGAAUUUCAAUUUUUUAUUUUUAUUCUUUUUUGUAAGAUGUUCCCUAACAAAAUGCAGUACCCCGCUCUAUUUAAAUUAUAUUCUAACUCGUCGUCUUUGACUUUUUUGUUCAAUCUACUUGAAUUUCUUUUCUUAUUUAUCUCCUUUGUCUCAGAAAAUAAAUACCAUUAUCCUGUUUGAGAUGUUGCUCGCCCCGUAUAUGGCUUUGAAUCCUAAUUGCUCGAAUCUAUAUGAUUUUGUAUGAUCGGGCUUUGCGGGUCAUCUUUUCUCUUAAUGCCAAAUAAUCGCACAUUUCACAGCUGAAAUGUGAAUUUCGGCUCUUCUGAUAUAAAUCAUCCCUUUAUUUACGCCUGAAUUAGUUUUUUCCUCGUCAGUAUGAUCCGUUGUACAUACUUUUACGAGAAUAUGCUCGUCCUAGGAACAAAAAUUUUUACGCGAAUUAUGUUUGCGUGAAUUAUUUUUCUAGUACAGACGCGGAUGUUUUUCUGAUGAGCCAUUUCUUCAUUUAGGAAAUUGAAACGCGAGCGUCACCGGACAUUCGUACAUAUUCGCACAUUGUGCGUCUGCUCGUUUGUAGUAUAGUAUACGUAUCUCUUGUAUGUCUGUGGUGUCUGUAUGAGACAGAGACAAAUUAGAAAAUAAUAACUGAAGAAUAUCUGUGCGAUCUCUGGAACGCAAAGAGAAUAUUAACGGAUCGAUUAGAUCGCGAGGAAGGACGGCGAAGUGACUGGUUAGCGUUACGAUCGGUGCUUCCGAUUAGCCUUAUUAUCGAACAAAAUUACUCGCAUUGUCGUGCGAAAUACGUUGUAGUUUUAUCGAGUCGCUAAUUACUCCUUUAAUUUUAACAUGUUAUCGUUUAUCUUAUACAUGUAUUCUGAAGGUAUAAUAAAUGAAGAAGCGGCACGAUAAUUUGAAGCACUAAGAAUGACGAACUACGAGAAAGUGUAAAUAAAUUUUUUUAAAAUUUUAUUUACGAAACUAUUAGUCGGACCACUUCGGAAUUUAUUUUUAUUUAGCAAGAACUUUUGCGAAUAGAUUAUAUCGAUCUCCCAUUUAAUUUCCAGCAUAAACGAUUUGGCAAUGCUAAGUCGCAUGUUGAUUUAUAAGUGUCACUUAUAUCCUUGUUUCAUUCUCAGUAUUUCAUCUGCCUGUAAAUAUCUCGAAGUGUCAGACAGCGAAUCAGCCUGAGAUAAAUGUUUAUGUAAUCGCUGAUAUUCAACCACGCGAUAGGCAUCGCUCGUAAAUCGUAAAUGAGUCUAGUUGGAGGAAGCGCAUCCUUUGCGUAUCGGACCAUAAACUCUAUAAAUUCGUACUGACAAUUGAAUUCAGUUACGAUAAACCGGUAUACCAUUAGCCUACAGGAAAAUAUGUCAACGAUCGACAUCGUAUGUUAGAAUAGAUCCGUCAAUUAGCUAUAUUUUUCAAACAGAUCUCCAGAAACAGUCGGAGAGAAUGAGCAAAGAAAGGGGAAGCGGCAAGAGUCGACUAAAAUGUCAAUUUGUUUGUAGCGGAUCGUGCAAUUUUUUCAGCAAACGCAUUUCUCAUUCAGGGGAAUACGUCACGAAUUGGGGAACCGUUUCUCGCAUUAAAUCGGUGCUUCGCAGCCUAAAUAAAAAAAAAACGACAUUGUAAGAUCUAGUCGACGUGUGUAUACAAAAUAACUAUUCUGUGUAUGUAUGGUAUAGAGAAACAUGUGUAAUACGGCAGAAAUUGUUGUAUAGAAAAUAUUGACUGUAAAACUCGAUGUAUUCUAACAAACAGCACUAAUAAAACAAGGCCUAAGCGGUACGCGGUGUCUUGUGUUGCGUUAUUUCCAGGGGAUUAAUUUCGAUGAGUCGCAAGACUCAUCGAAAGCCACAUCGCCUGUCGAUGCGCAAUUCCUCGACACCGUGUACGUUCGGCAAUCAAAAUACA